CCGGGUCACUGUAACAAGUGGAGGCUGUCGGAGGAGCGGGAUCAAAGAAGCUCUGCAACAUAUAACUCCGGGAAUGACUGACUUUACCACACUGCGGCACGUUAACACCGGAUUACUCUCUUUUUAAACGUUUUUAUUGAAUCCCAACGGUUUUUAGAUUCAGAUUUUAUCCGUUAUGGCUGACAGCAAGCAUCAGGUGAUUUUCUGCAACGACUCGCCGAAAAGAGUUCUGGUGUCGGUUAUUAAAACUACACCGAUUAAACCGAGGACCACCGCGGACUCCCUGAUGCCCACCAGCCCCGGUUUUAGCGACUUUAUGGUGUACCCAUGGCGCUGGGGCGAAAACGCGCAUAAUGUGACUUUAAGCCCCGGUUCAGGUAGCGGCGCCGCCUCGCCCACCCGAACAAGCAGCUCUCCUGCUGAAGCAGACCCGCACUCCUGCCCGGAUCACCUCAAGGAUGGUAUCCGGCGUGGCCGUCCGCGAGCAGACACUGUCCGAGAGCUGAUCAACGAGGGGGAGAACUCCACCAGCCGCAUCCGCUGCAACAUCUGCAACCGCGUCUUUCCCCGAGAGAAGUCCCUGCAGGCCCACAAACGCACACACACCGGUGAACGGCCGUAUCUGUGUGAUUAUCCAGACUGCGGGAAAGCAUUCGUUCAGAGCGGUCAGCUGAAGACACACCAGCGUCUGCACACCGGAGAAAAGCCCUUCGUCUGCUCUGAGAAAGCUUGCGGGAGCCGCUUUACUCAUGCAAACCGUCACUGUGCGAAACACCCGUACGCCAGGCUGAAGCGCGAGGAGCCGACCGGCGGCCCCGGGAAAUCACAGGGAGCCGAUAACAAGGCUGUGGCUGAAUGGCUGACAAAAUAUUGGCAAACACGUGAGCAGCGUUCACCUGUACCGGGCAAAGCCAAGCCUCAAAACAAGAGUCCCCUGGAGGACCAGGAGCAGCAGGACCCGUUAGACUUCCUGCCAUCCGAUGAAGGAGAAGAAGAAGAGCAAGAGGAGGAGAAGAGCGCCCCCUCUGGCGGAGUGGUGACGGCACGCCGGCGUCUGCAGGAGCAGAGGGAGCGUCUGCACGGAGCGCUAGCACUCAUCGAGCUCGCUAACAACCUGUCGGCCUGAGACACUCGUCAGCUCCAGACAUGUGGAUAUAAGCUACAAGCACCUUAUUUCGCUUCCUUAUUUCGUACCUUUAGGCUGCUAUGAUGGUAGAUGAUAUCAUUAUAUGAAUGAAGAAUGUUUGUUCUUGUUCAGGAGAUAUGAGACGUUUCUUUUGUUUCGUUGUGCACUUUGUGGACAUGAGUGUGUGUUUGGGGGAUUGUGGGUGGGUUUGUGUGUGGAUUUUAGUGUUUGUGUGUGUGUGUGUUUGUAUGUGUGUGAGAAGACUUAUGACUAGCAGGAGACCCGCUUUUGCUUUCCGUAUGCAGACACACGCAUUAGUCCCGGCGCUUCCAUCACUCGCUCGUGUUUAAUCAUGUAUUUAUUCUAUUUAAAGCAGUGUUGAGCGCCACCUGCUGGCGGCUGUAGGACUCAGGCUUCGCAAUCAAACUAACCAGCUUUAAAAGGCCUCUCCAUGGGUACACGCAUAUGUAGUAGUAGUUGUGUUGUUAAAAAGCACUGACUGCGGUAGUAAUCGGUACUGAACAUUUCAAAAUAAUUUGAGUGGAUACUUAAAGCGUCUCUGAUUGGUUGUUGCAUUUACAUGCUCUGCAGAAAUCACUGUGAUUGGCUGCACUGAAUUCAUUGUAGCCAAUCACAGUCAUUUAUGUUGAGCAUUUGAAUACAGUGGACAAUCAGGGAUUUUUAAAGUGACAGUACACCUAAAAAUGACAUUUCUGUCCUUAGUUACUCUCCAAUUAAACCUUUUAAACUUGUAUAAAUUUCUUGGUUUUGCUGAAGACAAAGCAAGAUAUUUGGAACUAUGUCAGUAUCCAUACGGACCCAUUUACUGCCAUAUUUAUUUUUUCUGCCAUGAUACUAAAUAGGUAGCCAGAUCUGGUUGUUUACUGACAUUCCACCAAAUAUCUUAUUUUUUUCCCUCUAGAACAAAAAGGGAGUUUAAAACAACCUGAGAGUGAAUAGAGAUGGCAGAAUUAAACAUUUUUGGUGUACUGUCUCUUUAAAAACAUGAUUGGCUGCAAUGACAGCAAAUGAGGACAGAAUUUGAAUUCUUUGGUGUACUGUUCUUUUAAACACGUCUGAUUGGCUACAAUAACAGUAAAUAAUGACACAUUUUGUGAGUGUGUGUGUGUGUGUGUGUGUGUGUACUGUCCCUUUUAAACACCUCUGAUUGGCUGUUGUGUUGUCACAUGUCUGAUUUGCUCCAAUGAAAGUAAAAUGCCCCUUUAAAGUUAUGAUUGGCUACAAUGACAGUAAAUGGUGAUAGCGUUUAAAUUUUUGGGUGGUGUACUGUCCCUUUAAACACAUCUGAUUGGCUACAAUGACAGUAAAUUUAGAAUUGUUUUGAUUGUACUCUUCCUUUAAACACAUUUGAUUGGCUGUUUUAUUAUCACAUGAAUUUAAUUGGCUUCAGUGACUGUAAAUGAUGACAAUUUUCAUUUUAUUUGAUUUAGUGAUCUUUAAAACACCUCUAAUUGGCUACAAUGACAGCAUGUGAUGACAUCAUUUUAAUGUUUUGUAUGUACUGUCUCUUUAAACACCUCUGAUUGGCUACAGUGACAGUAAAUGAUAACAGUUUUCAUUUUAUUAGAUUUACUGUUCUUUAAAACACCUCUAAUUGGCUACUGUGACAGUAAAUUAUGACAUCAUUUUAAUAUGUUUGAUGUACUGAGCCUUUAAACACCUCUGAUUGGCUACAAUGACAGUAAAUUAUGACAUAAUUGUAAUGUUUGAUGUACUGUGCCUUUAAACACCUCUAAUUGGCUACAGUGACAGUAAAUUAUUACAUCAUUCUCAUUUUAUGGGUGUAUUGUCCCUUUAAACCCCUCUGAUUGGCUACAGUGACAGUAAAUGAUGACAUCAUUUUAAUGUUUUUGAUGUACUGUCCCUUUAAACCCCUCUGAUUGGCUGUAGUGAUAGUAAAUUAUGACAUCAUUUUAAUGUUUUUGAUGUACUGUCCCUUUAAACACCUCUGAUUGGCUACAGUGACAGUAAAUUAUGACAUCAUUUUAAUGUUUUUUAUGUACUGUCCCUUUAAACCCCUCUGAUUGGCUACAGUGACAGUAAGUGAUGACAUCAUUUUAAUGUUUUUUAUGUACUGUCCCUUUAAACCCCUCUGAUUGGCUACAGUGACAGUAAGUGAUGACAUCAUUUUAAUGUUUUUGAUGUACUGUCCCUUUAAACACCUCUGAUUGGCUACAGUGACAGUAAUCAUUUUCAUUUUAUGGGUGUACUGUCCCUUUAAACACCUCUGAUUAGCUACAAUGACAGUAAAUGAUGACAUCAUUUUAAUGUUUGAUGUACUGUCCCUUUAAACACCUCUGAUUGGCUACAGUGACAGUAAAUGAUGACAUCAUUUUAAUAUGUUUGAUGUACUGUGCCUUUAAACACCCCUGAUUGGCUACAGUGACAGUAAUCAUUUUCAUUUUAUGGGUGUACUGUCCCUUUAAACACCUCUGAUUGGCUACAGUGACAGUAAAUGAUGACAUCAUUUUAAUAUUUUUGAUGUACUGUCCCUUUAAACACCUCUGAUUGGCUACAGUGACAGUAAAUGAUGACAUCAUUUUAAUAUGUUUGAUGUACUGUCCCUUUAAGAAUCCACUCAAAAUGCAAGCAUGAAAUCUGGUCGUCACAGUUUUACAGUUUCAGUAUUGAUUAGUAUUGAAGUCAGUACUUGAGACGACUGCAGUAGUGUAUAGAUUGACAGUGGAAAGCUGAUCAACUGAAGCACUUACAUUAUUAAUCUCUCACUUCAGUAGAGCUCUUAUUUCCAAAGAGAAGUGAUGGAAAGAGAGUCUGGAUGGAUCUCGAUGGCACUUGUUUCACCAGUUCAUAAUUCGUAACACUACAUUCUGUUCAUUGUUCAAUUUGCAUUGUGAUUUAAUUCGGCCUCAUAAACUGGAGCGGUGCGUUUCUGACGAGGUCGGGAAUGUUUUCUGCGUGGCGUCGAGUUUUUAUGUGUCCAUUUUAUAGCUGAAAAUAAUAUAUUUCCCCCCUGAAUUGUUGGAGAAGAUCAAUGUUUAGCCACGACAACAGAAUGUAAUCAAGUGUUUUAUUUGGAGAUCUUCUGUUCCACUUUGUAAAUGUGUAAGCGGGCUUUUUCAUCAUAGUGUUAGCACUUCAAGUCUUCAAUAAAUGAUAUAAAUCCUG